AUGGCGUCCUGGUUAACUUGGAUCGUGCUUUCCGUCUGUCUCGCCCCUGAGAUUAUACGGGCGUCGUCCUGUCCUUCUCUUACUAACCCGCCGUCGAAAGCAGAUGUGAACGACUUUGUGGGCUCCCCGUUCGAUAUCGUGGUCAUUGGCGGUGGCACCGCGGGCAUUGCUCUCGCGGCCAGACUUGCCCAGAACAGCCACCUUAACAUAGGUCUUAUCGAGGCCGGUGCAUUUCACGUGGAUGACCCUCUUGUUGACAUACCUGGUUUCUGGGGGGAAGCGAUUCAGAACCCGGACUACGACUGGAAUUUUCUCUCGAUCAGCCAGCGGAGUGCAGCAGGAAGGAAUAUUAGCGUGCCUCGAGGGAAGAUGCUCGGCGGAUCUAGCGGAUUGAAUGCUUUGGCUUGGAACCGAGCAUCUAGCCCAGAAUACGAUGUCUGGAGCAACUUCUCGUCGCCUGCUUGGACCUGGAACGCGCUCCUGCCGUUCUUCAAGCGCGCAGAAUCUGUGAACUUGCAUCCAGCGGACCCAUAUCCGGGAAUAAGCCCGGCUCAACGACAGCAAGCUUCCGACGAUUUGCCGCGAGUGGCCGGCUUUGAUGGGCCCAUCAAAGCUUCUCGGAAUGUUUUCUACCCCGAUCCUGCGCUCACAAUUGCCGAGACAUUAAAUGGCAUGGGAAUAAGGACCAACGCGGAAGCGGACGACGGAGAUGCCACAGGAUUGUACAAUGUAUAUGUUUCCGUGGAUAGACAAAGUGGUUCCAGGAGUUACUCACCUAAAGGAUAUCUGUGCGGUAGACGCAUGACCGGCAACUUCAAGAUCCUUACUGGUGCUCAGGCAACUCGGGUUCUCUUCAAUAAAUCUCCCGGAUUACUACGUGCGACAGGCGUGGAGAUAACCGUGAAUGGGACUCUCUAUGCCGUACAGACGAAGCAUGAGGUUGUUCUUGCCGCAGGUUCGGUGCAGUCUCCUCAGCUUCUUGAGCUCUCUGGAAUCGGAGAUACGAGACUCCUGCGGAAAGCAGGCGUUGAUGUCCUGAUGGACCUCCCAGGCGUGGGGGAAAACCUUCAGGAGCACCUGUUUGUCGGCGCUCAAUGGGAGUUGAAGCCAGGUCAUUUCACGUGGGAUGUUCUUAGAUCAAAUACUACCCUCGCCGAAGAACAACGUUCCUUAUACAAUAGGACCGGAACGGGACUAUGGACCGAUGUAGACAGUUUAAUGGCAUUUCUACCUCCUCACGAUUUCCUGGCUCCAGAUAGGCUGAGGGACUUACUUUCACUCUUCGAUGCAGAGUCCCUCGGAGCAGACGAGUCGACGAUACAAUCGCUGCAGUAUCCAGUUCAACGCGCUCUACUCGCGCAGGGUGCCGUUUCCAUCAGCCAAAUCAUACAAUGGAGUUCCGGGCGGGUCAAUGUAGCGCCCAAUACCAGCUAUGUGUAUAUACUAGGGUGUGUAUCGCACCCCAUGAGUCGCGGCUCAGUGCAUAUUAACACCAGUUCUGCCUUGGACGCUCCCACGAUCGACCUUGGGUUCCUUACGAAGUCUUUUGAUGCUGAGCUCUUGCUCGAUGUUAUCAGAUACAUCUUGAGCAUCGGUCGCCACGAGCCCUUCGCCUCUAUCAUCGCAGAGCGGAAUGUCCCUUUGCCUUCCGUGCAAAGUGAUGCUGACUUGUUGACUUAUGUCCGAGAGACGUCGGUCGGUGGAGAUCACCUCAUCGGUACAGCGGUCAUGGCCCCAAGAGAGCGUGGAGGCGUGGUGGACGACACCUUGAAGGUUUACGGGACAUCUAACCUGCGUGUCAUAGAUGCCAGCAUAAUUCCCUCGCACAUCUCAGCUAAUACACAGGCCACUGUGUAUGCCAUAGCUGAAAAGAUGGCAGCGGAGAUCCUUGAGUUAUACUCCUGA